GAACAACAACAAAAACCAUCAAAAGCGGCCGACCGCUUGUCUGCUGCCUGUCCCGACAAAAACGAAUCGCCACAAAACUUGAUCAAUUUGUGCAAAUUUCAAUGAAGUUACAAAAAGAAUACUGAAAAAAUCAAAUAAGCAUACGGCGACGUAAAAGUUGAAAGUGCAUAAGUGUUUGGACAACGGCACGCCGAACAAAGAACAGCAAAAAACAACGCGGCCAAACUGUGUGAAAGAGCGAAAGACGCCUUCCCAGGAACUGCGAUAAGCAAAUUGUAAAAACAAAAACUGAAAAGACUGUAAGCUAGCGUUAUGUCUUCAACUCCAGCAACGGCGUCUGGCGCCGGCAGCAGCGCCACCAGCUCGAGCGUUGCAGCCACAUCCAGCGCCACCAGCUCCACGAGCAGCACUGCCUCGCAAAGCAAUCAAAGCACAGCCGCUAACACGCCAGUCCGUGGACGUGGAGGCGCUAAUACGAACGGUGGCACAGCUGGUGGCACUGCCUCGGGCAGCAAUAAUUCCACGUCAACGGCGACCAGCGAUGAGCCACGCAAGGAUACUAAAUCAACGCCAAGAAUAUCGAAAGCGUUGGGUACAUCCGCCAAACGUAUACAAAAGGAAUUGGCUGAAAUCACAUUAGAUCCGCCGCCCAAUUGCAGUGCCGGGCCCAAGGGCGAUAAUCUCUAUGAGUGGGUAUCGACAAUUUUGGGACCACCUGGUUCGGUGUAUGAGGGUGGCGUCUUCUUUCUGGACAUACACUUUUCACCGGAGUAUCCAUUCAAACCGCCCAAAGUCACGUUUCGCACACGCAUCUAUCACUGCAAUAUCAAUAGUCAGGGCGUCAUUUGUCUGGACAUCUUGAAGGACAAUUGGUCGCCAGCGUUGACCAUAUCAAAAGUUUUACUGUCGAUUUGUUCCCUGCUCACAGAUUGUAAUCCUGCUGAUCCUUUGGUUGGCAGCAUUGCCACGCAAUAUUUGCAAAAUCGUGAAGAGCACGAUCGAAUUGCGCGUCUUUGGACAAAGCGGUACGCAACAUGAUGCGCAAGUCUUAGCAUUACACACGUACCACAAGCUGCAACAAGUAACGAAAAUUCGCAAAUUAUAAAUAUAAAUAUUAAAGUACGCUAACUAUUAACUUAACAACAAACAAACUCACACACACAACCCAGCAAACAAAAGAGAUGAACGAACUUCUACAAUAACCGUCAAACCAUAUAAAAAUAAUCUCUUUAUAAUUGAUAUUUUCCACACCAAGACAACACACAUUUCUAUAAACUAAAAAGUGAAAAAAAUGUGUUCAAUACAUUUUGUUCUGUUUCUAUUUCGAGCCAAACAAGAACACUAGAAAUUAACACACACACAGACAGACAGGAAAUAAUAAACAUUAAUCAACGCAUCAUGAAACUGCACAUUGGCAUAUAAACUAAUCAACUCUACAUAAAUAAAUAAGUAUAAAUACAAUUAGUUUACAUUACGAGUAUAUCUGUACAGUGUUAAGUCAAAAUGGAGCUAAACGAUUAACAACAAAGCCUAUUUUAGUAAAUAUACUUAUUAACACAGACAUCAACAACCACUUUAACAACAAACAAACAAAAUCGUCAGGGCGGCAAACAAAAUUUUCAAUUAAUUAAACUCGCCAAAAUUUACAAAUUGAAAUUCUUGACUUAGGAGGAACUCAACAAAAAAAAAAAUUGAAAAACAAAAAAAGACUCGAUGUAUAAACGAAAUUACAAUUAAUGUAUACAAAACAAAUUAAGACAAACUCUAUUUUCCAAAUUGAACACUUUUGUUAUUUAUAAAAAAAAUGUAUUAAGUUCUCUUUUGUUUUAAUGUGAUAUCCGUGUACGUCAAAUUUGGUCCCUUUUGUCUCUAUUCUCGUGCUGUAAAAAUUGUGUAUUAAUAAAUAAUUGAAUACGGUAUCAAGAAAUGCGCAAAAACCCAUUUGCGACAUUUGCGUCGUAUUUUAACAACAAAUAAAAUGCGCAGACAACAAAACAAAACGAAAAAACAUCAAAGCUACAUACAUACAAAGUAAAACCAAGAAAUAUAUAAAACAAAAAAAAAAACUUCCUAUUAUUUUGUAGUUUUAAUGACUCAAUAACGAAAAACAAAACAAAAAAAAGAUAGAAAUAAACGCUAAGAGUUUAUGAACAUGAGAAAAACUUUGAAUAAAAACGAAA